AAAGACGCCAAUGAAGACGUGUUUUUGAGCUGUCCGGAAUGAAGUAACAAAUUUCCGUUAAAUACCGUUUCAAGAUCGUCAAUGUAUGAUGAUAUUAUGAAUAGUCCUGGUAGUAACAGCACCGGUGUCAUGGUAGAAUGUCCAGCAAGUAUGGCGAAUCCGUCAUGCAAUAGUGGAUUUAAGAUGAACGCCAAUGGUGACGGUUGGGUUAUUAGGAAGGAGUGCAUGGAAUACGAUGAAUGUUACGACAGAUUUUAUGGUAAUACUCUUGAUCCUGUUGGUUCAGCGUGUUUUGACGAUUCACCCGUAGGUAACACUAUGUGUAUAAGCUGUUGCCUGGAAGACGGUUGCAACUCUGAUUACAAAUACAGUUGGUACGUUAUGCCCAACUCCAAUAAUUGGAAUCCAGAAGUAGACACAGGGUAUCCCGCUACUACAACUGCAGCUCCAACACUUCCUGGCGGCGGCGGCGGCGGCGGCGGCGAUGGUGAAAACGGUGCUGCUCACCACACUAUGGUAGUAACGAUGAGCCUACUGUUUACAAUUCUUCCCUGUCUUGUCUAAAUAAAUAGGACGAAGAAGAUAUAAAAUAAAUUUUCAACAGAGUUCUAGAAAUCCCGAUGGAGUAUCCAAUAUUUAAUUGAACAUUCAGUUAUACUUAUAUCUUUACUGACUUUCCAUUGUAUUAUAUAUAGACCUAUACUGAUACAAAAUAAUUAUACAAUUAAAUACCUUAUAUGAAAUAAUAAAAAAAA